AAGUAAUUAGGGAUGCUAUGUAAAAUUAAGUUUUCUUGCAGACUAAAAAAAUUAUUAUUUAACAAGUUGUGAGUAAAUAAAUAAGUUGAAUUCUCAGACGAUACGGAUGAAGGCAUAGUAUGUAAAGCAGCUUUAUUGCAAGCUGUCGAUGCUACCUACACACGCUUCUCAUCAUCAUCAGGUCUAAAGAAAUAUGCAAGUAUUCAGAGAUAAUGAUGACAAUCUGAAGAAUAAGUUCCCAGGAGUCGGUCGCAUUUUUAUGAUUGUUUAGAUAACAUUUUCCAGGAUUUUCGACCCAAUUUUCCUUGUUUGCACAAUAUUUUACAACUUGUACAAAGAAAUACCAAAGAAAUAAUUACUAUGAACAGUAAUAAUUAUCCACUGCGACAAACCACACUGGCCAAAUUAUAUAUCGAAUGUAAUUUAAAAAAUAUACAGAACAGAAAACUCUGGUCCACAGUUUCACACACCAAAAUGUCACAACGCGUCAUUCUCCUAGCACUGGCCGUGGUCACAAUUUAUUUCAUCUUCCCCACCGAAACACAACGCACCGUAACAUCGACACGUACAGUAACACAAACAUCUACAAGGACGACGACACUAACAUCAACAUCCACAAAGACGUCGACACAAAUAUCCACAAAAACGACGACACAAAUAUCCACAAAAACGACGACACAAACAUCCACAAAGACGUCGACACAAAUAUCCACAAAGGCAACGACACAAACAUCCACAACGACGUCGACACGUUCAAUUACACAAACAUCUAUUUCUUCAAAAACGGUCACAUCGACUGUCACGCAAAGGAUGACGAUAAGGUCCACUGCGACGAGUCGAAUAACGGUACGAGUAACCAGCACGGUUCGGAGAUGUCCUCGUGAGAACAAUUUGGAAUAUUUGGAGGAUAACGAAUUUCGCUCAUUCUUCUUGGCACCGUCCAAAUCAGAGUGGGCCCUCGUCCAACCGACCAUAUUUUCACAUCCACUAAGUUAUCGGCAGGAUGAUAACUUCGAAACCUCGAAGGAAGACGAAGACCCCCUAUCAUACGAACGGCCACAACGAGAUUUCUUGGAACCAUCGUCCGAGUUUGAGACUCCAGACGAUUAUUAUAAUUUUUACCAAAAUAUGGACAAUUUCUAAAUCAGACGGGACUUGGAUCCCGGAAGGUAUAUAUUUUGCCAACUCGAGCAAAUAUCCCGAUGCACAGGAGAGUUUCAGAAAUAUCACAAUUAUGAAAACCCCCACCACCUUGUAUUUUUUUCUUGUCCUUAUUACCGUCA